AUGGCUUUCUAUGGAAUAUUUCUUAUGGGGAUCAUGCUGGUCUACAUGAAAACUAAAAGAAGGGAUAAAGAAUCCAAUUUAUUGCUUCUUUGCAAUGAUGAGGAGAGACAGUGGUUGAGUGGCAAAAGGACCACUCCUGCUUUGUCAAUACCUCUAUCUCUACAGGCUUCCAGCAUGUUCAGUGCUCUCCAAGAAAACGUGGGCCCUGCUUUCUCCUGUGCUGCCUGCAGUAUGGAAGGCAGCAGUCUGAGUUCUGAGUCCUCAACAUCUGAUGUCCACUUAACUAUCCAGGAGGAAUCCCCAGAAGGACUUCUCCAGGAUGUGCCAGAGGCUGAGAAGGAUGAUGACAAAAGGCAGAUUUCCUAG